GCCGACGCUGUGGCGUUGACGCGCGACCGGGCGUAGCGUGGUGCGGCGUGCGGAGUGACGUCACCGAAGCCGGAAAGCGAAAAGGGAGGGGGCGGAUGCCGGGAGGAGGAUGGUGGCCGGCGCGUUCCCGAUCGCCAAGCUCCUCUACUUGGGCGUGCGGCAGAUCUCGAAGCCCCUGGCGGCGCGGAUCAAGGACGGGGCCCGCGCCAGCCCGUUCUUCCGCCAGUACAUCUGCGGGCCCCCCGCGCAAAUCUAUCACUGGGUGGAGAUGCGGGCCAAGAUGCGCAUCAUGGGCUUCCGGGGGGCGGCCAUCAAGCCCCUGAACGAGGAGGCGGCGGCAGAGCUUGGUGCAGAGCUGCUGGGGGAAGCCAUCGUCUUUGUGGUGGGCGGUCUGUGCAUCUUCCUGGAGUAUUCCCGCCAGUCCACCAACAGCAAGAAGAAGGAGGACGAGCUGAACAGCACCCUGCUCAGUCUACAGGAGCAGAUCGCGGAGCUGAACUUGACUGUGGAAACCUUGGACACCCGCCUGCGGGAGGUCAAUCGUAUUGUGGUGGAGCUCCCGGCUCCUUCUGCGGCCAAGAAGUGAUCCAGACUUAUUAUAUAUGGCGAACGUCGCUUUCGGUGUGUUCGUAGGGGAUGUCCCACUGAUGGAGGAUGGCGAGCAAGGCUAUAAUGCAUCGACGCAACCCUUUGCAAUCGGAUUUGGGGUCUGAGGUCCUUUGCCUUGUUCGAUCCUCGACUGCAGAAUAUAGUUUAAUCAGGAUGAAGUUUUCCCACUCAUGGCUUAACCUCUUCCUAAAAAUGUAAAUACUUGAACCAAUUAAACAAAAGGGCAACAAAAAAAGAAA